AUGUUUUUGUUAACCUUUGCACCAUUCUUAUUGAAGGGAAUACUUGCAAUAUAUGAACCAGCAGGUAAGAAUAAUAUACAAGUUGACCCAUUACAACCAGAUAUUAAUAUAAUUGAAAAUCUUUUGUCAAUUUUUAAAGAAUGGGUAUCAAAAAAGAUGUUUCAUUACCCACCACAAGACCUAGUUCAGGUAUACAGACGCAUUUCAUUCAAUUGA